GUGUGGGACAUUGACAGUUGAAAGUCCAUUCACAACACGCCAUACAGACAACAAACUUGCAAUUUGGAGACAUCCUUUUCGUGUACCUUGCGUAACUAAGUAGUUUGACAAACUGAAUUGCGCACGAAUGUUUUGGUCGUAGCUUCAAGAAUUUGCCAUGAUCACACCCCCAAUUACCUACAAAUCCGAUUAGAAAGACUUCUAAUAAAUUUAUAAACAAAUCGUACAUGAAUAGGAGCCUAUGUGCCUCUUUGGUACUUGGGGUAAGCUCAUUUUAAAUCGCACUGUGGGUUGCUCCCAGAUCUCCCUCUGAUGGUAGAGGUCAACCUCUGAAUAAGAACCUUGAAGAAAGUUUUACUCUCUCGCACGGUAGGUGUCAAUUCUCUUGCUAAUGAGUAGCUUGGUAAUGGUCCUGAUCCAGAGUAAUAUGGGGGUCAUUACACUUACCACUGAAUGAGAAUAGGCUCGGAGACUUCGAGCUUUGGGCGCCUCAUUAUGCUAACGUAUCGUCAGGACUCGACGGAGAGUGUGAAUGGGUAGACUACUUAAAAGUUUGAACAAAAUAAGGGGAGGGGUAUUUAGUGGGAGAGGACUCAAAUUUCGGUGGAGACAAAAUUCCAGAUCCUUUCCCUCUACAGGAGCAAAUGUAAAAGCAGUGAAACGUACUACCGCUCCUUCUGGAUAGGCUACCAUCCCGCUGGACAAAUUGACUAGAUUAUAGGCCUACUUUGAAGAAGCGCACCAGAGGUACAAUUGUAGUGACUAUCUCAGGAAAACGACAGGAUAUUACACAGACAUGGCUACUGGACCCUUUGCAAGGAUUGUUCUGCUCCUUUUGUAUGUCAUGGUUUUAUCUACGACUGUGCAAAGUCGUGCGUUUCUGAGCGCACCAAUGGAAUCUGUCAGUGAAAACAGUAAUUUGCGGAUUAGCGCGCACAAGCGUCCUCGUCGUGAAAGCGUGGGUUUGGAUACGGAGCAGUGUGCUUUACUGACCAACCCGUGGAUUGAGACUACCGGACCGGUCAACAGCCAGGAGCCAUUCUAUCGCAUCAGGGUUCAUCCGAGGUCGGAGGAGAAUGCGCCGCGGACUAUGUUUCCCGAACAGUCACUAUUCCGCUUUAUUAAACGGAUAUAUCAGUGUUGCCAAAUGGGAUACCACUGCGGAAGCGUUAAGGGGAUUCAGGGACGACUGCAUGGUACGGCUCUGGAGUUCAUUCUCAGCCACGACGUUUUGUCUGUUUCUGUUAUUGGGGCUGAACUGCACCUCCAAGUCUCAAAUCCUCAGCAUCUACAGGUGGACCCAGUAAUACUUUACCUGGACAAACGCAGUCUCCCCACUAGGUACAACUCCCGGGCAAGUGCCGAGUCCGUCGUGGAGAUGAAGCUAGACCUUCUCUUCUUCUUCCAGGCUUUGCAGAAGGCCAUGGGAGGGGCGCAGGGAGGCCCCGGCCCCGGGCUCCGCCUGAUCAACAUGAGGCAAGUGGGGGGGCUGUCCAGGCUGGAGGCCACUUCAGAGCCCUGGGCCAGGGCCCAGACACUGCAGGAUGCGGAGGGCAUGGCGUGGGGGGCAGGGGAGAAUGGCGGUCGGGACAGUGGCGGAGGCCCAUUGCAGGAGGUCGUGGAGCUGGGCUUUGCCCUGCGCUGCAGGAGAGGGGAAGAGGCUGUGUCGUGCAGGGCCAAUGGAGUGAGGCUGCAGCAUGCACCUUUUAUCACACUCUCGUACAGAUAGGGAUCCAACCAACGACCCCCCCCAAAAAAAGGCUGAACCAUGGGGGGGUUGUGUAACUGCUGUUAAAACACACACACACACACACACACACACACACACACACACACACACACACACACACACACACACACACACACACACACACACACACACGCGCGCACACACACACACAGAGGCUUAAGAUGGAAGGGCAGUGCAUAAGUGCCCAACCGCUAAAGUCCUGGGGGACAUUCUCCUUUUUCUUCCCGCAACAACUGGUUUAAUGGCCAAUGAAUGUCUCACCAACCAUUAUGGCCUUUAACACUUCUCCCUGAAUGCUUGCCUUUGUCUCCCAGCCCACUGGUGGUAAGCUGCUGCUAAAUAUAUGUGGACUUUUAUAGUGCCCAUUUUGAUGGGUGUUUCUUGUGCACUUCUACAAAGGUUGAAUAUAUUAACUUAUAUUGGUGUUGUUUUGUGAGGAAAAGAUGUCAUCACACUGUUUGUAAGCACAUGGUUUUAUAUUAAUGUUUCUUUUUUAACAGAACAGCGUGGUUAUAUCUUCAGAUGUUAAAGGAAAACAUGUAAACUUGUAAAUAAAUGUAUUAUU